AUGUACACAAUGUAUCGACAUAUAUUAUUUUCUGUUCUAAUUGUAUUAUUAUUUGAAAUAAAUAGUAAUUUGGCAGAUAAUUGGGCAGUUCUUGUUGCAGGCUCUAGUGAAUGGAUGAAUUAUCGUCAUCAAGCUGAUGUUUGUCAUGCUUAUCAAAUUUUACAUAAAAAUGGUAUUCCUGAUUCUAAUAUUAUUGUUAUGAUGUAUGAUGAUUUAGCUCAUCAUUUGCGAAAUCCAACAAAAGGUAUUAUUAUUAAUCAUCCAAAAGGAGAAGAUGUUUAUCAUGGAGUACCUCAUGAUUAUACAGGCAAAAAUGUAACACCACAAAAUUUCAUAAAUGUUUUACUUGGUAACAAAGAAAUAUUGCAAGGUGUAGGUAGUGGAAAAGUACUCGGAAGUGGUGUUGAUGAUAAUGUUUUUAUUUAUUUUACUGAUCAUGGUGCACCAGGUUUAGUUGCUUUUCCACAUGGUGUACUUUAUGCAAAAGAUUUCAAUCAAACAAUAACAACAAUGUACAAUCAAAAGAAAUAUAAAAAUUUAGUUAUUUAUAUUGAAGCUUGUGAGUCUGGUUCAAUGUUUGAAGAUAUUUUAUCCGAUAAAAUAAAUGUUUAUGGAACAACAGCAGCUAAUGCUGAAGAAUCUUCAUAUGCUUGUUAUCAUGAUUUCGAACGUGGUACAUAUUUAGGUGAUGUUUAUUCUGUUGUUUGGAUGGAAGAUUCGGAUGUUGAACAACUUAAUAAAGAAACAUUAUUUCAACAAUAUACAAUAACACAACAAAAAACAAAUACAAGUCAUGUUAUGCAAUAUGGAGAUAUUAAUUUAGCUAAAUCACAUAAUGUUAGUGAAUUUCAAGGUUUACAAAAAUGGAAUACAUCGAAAUAUAAUGUUCUUGUCGAUCGUUAUAAUAAUUUACUUCGACGUGAUGCUGUACGUUCGGAAGAUGUUCGUAUUGAAAUUAUUAAACAUCGUUUAGCAGCUGCGAAAGAAAAUUCAAUUGAAAAAAUCGAAUUAGAAAAUGAACUUAAUCAAUUAUAUAAUGAUCGAAAUAGAAUUUCAAAUAUUAUAUAUGACAUAGCUUCUACAACUUUAUCAUUUACUGGUGAAUAUAAUUUGAAAAUGAUCACAGACCAACGUAUGAAAUUAACUGAACAUGAUUGUUAUAUUUCAAUUACUCAACGUCUUCAUGAGAAAUGUUUUGAUAUUCAGAAUGAAUUUGUCCUAAGUAAACUUUAUGUUAUGGUUAAUUUAUGUGAAAAUGGUUUCGAUAAUACUAUCAUCAAGCAAUCUGUAGAUCAAGUAUGCCAACAACGAAUUCAUUUUGAUUUUUAA